AGCGGAAGUGACGCAGUCUCGCGAGACGGAGGACUCCGCAAGCCUCGGCGGCCCGGAACCGGCCUUAGACCGGCGGCGUUGCCUGAGGCGGCUGGCGCUCCCGCCCCAUGGAGCGGCCCCCGGGGCUGCGGCCGGGCGCGGGCGGCCCCUGGGAGAUGCGGGAACGGCUUGGCACCGGCGGUUUCGGGAACGUCAGUCUGUACCAGCACCGGGAACUUGAUCUCAAAAUAGCAAUUAAGUCUUGUCGUUUAGAGCUAAGUUCCAAAAACAGAGAGCGAUGGUGCCAUGAAAUCCAGAUCAUGAAAAAGUUGGACCAUGCGAAUGUUGUAAAGGCCUGUGAUGUCCCUGAGGAAUUGAACUUUUUAAUUAACGAUGUGCCUCUUCUGGCAAUGGAGUACUGUUCUGGAGGGGACCUCCGGAAGCUACUCAACAAACCAGAAAAUUGUUGUGGACUUAAAGAAAGCCAGAUACUUUCUUUACUGAGUGACAUAGGAUCUGGGAUCCGAUAUCUGCAUGAAAACAAAAUUAUACAUCGAGAUCUAAAACCUGAAAAUAUAGUUCUUCAAGAUGUUGGUGGGAAGACAAUACAUAAAAUAAUUGAUUUGGGUUAUGCCAAAGAUGUUGAUCAAGGAAGUCUCUGUACAUCUUUUGUGGGAACAUUGCAGUAUUUGGCCCCAGAGCUCUUUGAAAAUAAGCCGUACACAGCCACUGUGGAUUAUUGGAGCUUUGGGACCAUGGUGUUUGAAUGUAUUGCUGGAUAUAGGCCUUUUUUGCAUCAUCUGCAGCCAUUUACCUGGCAUGAGAAGAUUAAGAAGAAAGAUCCAAAGUGUAUAUUUGCAUGUGAAGAGAUGACUGGAGAAGUUCGGUUUAGUAGCCAUUUACCUCAGCCAAACAGCCUUUGUAGUUUAAUAGUAGAGCCAAUGGAAAGCUGGCUCCAAUUGAUGCUGAAUUGGGACCCACAGCAGAGAGGGGGACCUAUUGAUCUUACUUUGAAGCAGCCAAGAUGUUUUGCAUUAAUGGAUCACAUUCUCAAUUUAAAGAUAGUGCACAUCCUAAAUAUGACUUCUGCAAAAAUCAUUUCUUUUCUGUUACCAUGUGAUGAAAGUCUUCAUUCACUACAGUCUCGAAUUGAGCGUGAAACAGGAAUAAAUACAGGUUCUCAGGAGCUUCUGUCAGAGACAGGGAUUUCUCUGGAUCCUCGGAAACCAGCCUCUCAGUGUGUUCUAGAUGGAGUUAGAGGCUGUGAUAGCUACAUGGUUUAUUUGUUUGAUAAAAGUAAGACUGUAUAUGAAGGACCAUUUGCAUCCAGAAGUUUAUCUGAUUGUGUAAAUUAUAUUGUACAAGACAGCAAAAUACAACUGCCAAUUAUACAGCUGCGGAAAGUAUGGGCUGAAGCAGUGCACUACGUAUCUGGGCUAAAGGAAGACUACAGCAGGCUCUUCCAGGGACAAAGAGCAGCAAUGUUAAGUCUUCUUAGAUAUAAUGCUAACUUGACAAAAAUGAAGAAUACUUUGAUCUCAGCAUCACAGCAACUCAAAGCUAAAUUGGAGUUUUUUCGAAAAAGCAUUCAGCUUGACUUGGAGAGAUAUAGUGAGCAGAUGACUUAUGGGAUAUCUUCAGAAAAAAUGUUAAAAGCAUGGAAAGAAAUGGAAGAAAAGGCCAUUCACUAUUCUGAGGUUGGUGUCAUUGGUUAUCUUGAGGAUCAAAUUAUGUCUUUGCACACUGAAAUCAUGGAGCUGCAGAAGAGCCCCUAUGGACGACGCCAGGGAGACUUGAUGGAGUCUCUGGAGCAGCGUGCCAUUGAUCUCUAUAAGCAGCUAAAGCACAGACCUCCUGAUCACUUGUACAGCGACAGCACAGAGAUGGUGAAGAUCAUCGUGCACACCGUGCAGAGUCAGGACCGUGUUCUCAAGGAGCUGUUUGGUCACCUGAGCAAGUUGUUGGGCUGCAAGCAGAAGAUUAUUGAUCUACUCCCCAAGGUGGAAGUGGCCCUCAGUAACAUCAAAGAAGCUGACAAUACUGUCAUGUUUAUGCAGGGAAAGAGGCAGAAAGAAAUUUGGCACCUCCUUAAAAUUGCCUGUACACAGAGUUCUGCCCGCUCUCUUGUAGGAUACAGUCUAGAAGGCACAGUAACCCCUCCAGUAUCAGCAUGGCUGCCCCCUACAUUAGCAGACCGUGAACAUCCUCUGACAUGUGUGGUAACUCCUCAAGAUGGGUGGGUUUACUUUGUAACAAUAGGCAGUUGUGUUUCAGGGAAAGGGGGAGGACAGAGGUGGCAAGCAUGGUGGUUAAUGGUGCCUUCAGACCCGGGCUCUCAGUUUUCUUCUUCUUCUUUUUUUUUUUUUUUUUUUUGGUUUUUGGUUUUUGGUUUUUGGAGAUAGGAGAUAGGAUUUCUCUGUAUAGUUCUCACUGUCCUAGAACUCACUCUGUAGACCAGACUGGCCUCAAACUUAGAAAUCCACCUGCCUCUGCCUCCCGAGUGCUGGGAUUAAAGGCGUGCACCACCACGCCUGGCUUUUGUGAGGUCUAUUUCUUAAAUUAAAAUUUUUCAGUGCUUUAAAUCAUUUGCAAGUAAGAACUCAGAUUUGCAGCGCUGUAUUUUGUCUCUAGUUCCUCCUCUUCUGCUUAAAGCUGAAUGUCUGUCCGUCUGUUAUUUUCCCAGCGUAAGGUGUGCCGUGGUCAGGAGGCUCUUUGCUAGCUUGUGCACUGUCGCUUUUCUCUCGGCUCAUGGAGACCUCCACAGCACCAAGCACUUCCCACAGGUCUCCCCCUGAUUAGUUUUACAGACAUGCUCUCAUGUUACAUGGCUGCUCGGGAGGUCACAUAGUGGCAUGCUCUGUGCUGCCUUUAUGAGAGAGCAAGCACAUGGCAGGAAGGCAAGCGCUUCCAGGUAUUUCCUUGUAAAGAAAGCGAGUUCCAGGGCAGGUCUCGGGCUCACUAACUGUGUGGCCCAGGAUGAGCAUGUAAACAAGUAGAGUGGAGAGUGGGAUUCUACAGACUUGAGAAGAUUCUCCGUUAGAGCUGAAGGAAGUAAAGUUUAGUACAUACUAAUCCUCAGCUCUCUAGGAAACUUCCAGUCUGAGUCUGCGGUUGUUUCCAACAGCAUAUCUUUAUCAAAAGAUACAUGUUCUGAUAAACGAAAGCUGAUCUUAAUUAUAAUGUACCGCUGGUACUUCAUAACCAAGGAUUAGGAAGUUGUUAGCAUGAUAUUUUCUAAAUCAGUACUUAGUUUUAAGCUAACAGUGGAUGUUAUAUAUGGCUUACAGUGUGAUAAAGGAGGGACUGAGGGCUGGUGAAGGAUGAUGGCAGAGGACAUAUGGAAGAGGAAACAUGAAGGGAGAAGCUAGAGUCAAGGCCACCUUCACAUACAAGAAACCAGGGAUACUUGUUGUUCAUGGUUUCAUCUGCUGUCUUCAUCGGUCGGCUUGCUUGUUUUCAUUGCUACUGUCUGUGGUUUCGAACCAGUGUUUCUUUCCUGGAUCUCUGGAGACCGGACUGCACUUUGACUCUUCCCCUGUGUUUGUGUGUGAAGUGAACAUGCUGGUGUUUUACUGUCUGUAAAAGAAAAAGAAAGCAAUCCAGAAACAAACAAGCAAAAAUGUAUUCCGUUUGUCAAUACCAAGGGACCUUCCCCUAAUCUGGUACUUGUUAGCAGGGAGGGCGGGAGGCUGCUACCAGUGCCACCUCUUUCAAAA